GUAUCAUCAGUAAUUUUAUCGGCCAUGAUGUGGCGCGAAUGUAAUUGGGCAAUGUUGAAUUGAGAUCCCUCGUUUUUCCCUUCGUAACUUCAUUGAGAAAUUCUAAUACAAUGAAUUGCGAGGAAGAAGUUUUCAAAAUUGGAAAGCAGCUGGAGAAGAUAGUGGGACAGGAAGGAGCGGUAAGUAGAACAUUUGUGAUCAUUUUCGCAGCCACCGGCCGGCCUAUGUAUAUUUUUGCAAUAAAGCGUUAGUAAACACCACUAAAAACCCAAUCAUCAGCUCUGCUCGUAAGGCAAAGAUUGGAAAAUAUGUGUACCAGGUAGCUGAGCUACAUAAAACGAAUGGUUUUAUUUUUGAUUUGUGGAUUUGGUCAUCAUACCGGAAGCGCAUGCUGAAUUGUUCAUGUUCAAAGUUGUACGAACACGCGUUAAGGAUCGAAUUUCCGGCUGGAAAAUCUUACAAGUGCAAGCACACUAAUCAGCAUAUUCAGCUCGUGGCUUGAAAUUCCGUAAUUUGACAAUUAUUUUUCCCUGAAGAGUUAGCUAUGGAGAAUUGUUACUUAAUGUUUAAAAUACUCUUGCGCUAAGCUAAAAAUUGAGUUUAUUUUGCGCGCUUUUCAGAAAAUGAAAGAACACACUCUGAAACUUCAUUUCACUGAAAUAGAAUCGGGAAUGAAAAUUUGUCGGACUUUUACGAGUGGUACUUUAUCAUGUUGGAAUUUUAAUGUUUGAAAUGACAACUGGUGUCUCCAUACCCAAAAACACCUUGCAUGUGCAGUACUGUAUUCAGCUCUUCCUUUUAAUAUCAAUAUGAUAAUAAUACUUUAACACCUUUCCUGGCAAUUUUUCCAACAAUAAUUUUUAUUAUUGCUUCUGGUGCACUUUCAAUUAAUUUUUAAAGAAAGAAAGUUGUUGCCUGAAUUUAAAAGAAAAAAGCAGCCAUAUUCUUUUUAUAAGAAAAUAAAGAAUUACUGCUUUGUUGGUGAUAUGUUAAUUUCUUAUAUUGGUUCACUUGUCAUUUUUUUCUUUGUCAAAUCCAAUUGAAAAAUUUCAAAUGCUGUUUCUUAUUUUGUUAGAGUAGGUGUUACAAAUAUAGUCGAAAAAGUGGCGUAAAAAGGAAUGAGCAAUGGUGUUUACCAUACUUUGACAUUACUCUCCUAAUUUACUAGGAAGUUGCUCUAAACAUCAGCUUUUCACAACUUGCUAUGGUGAUUUACCAUCCUGUUUUUGCCGCCAGAUUCAGAACAACAGUUCCUUUGCCAACACCCCUAGCAGCAACCACACAAGUUCUUUUGUCAACUUUCAAAUGAAUUAGAAAUGCAUGUACUGUGGUUAUUUCAGGAAUUUUUAUUUUUAGGAAUUUUUGCAUCUCAAGUUUAAGGAGCACUUUAGUCAAGAGUUCUAUUCCCAGAAGGAUUUAUCAAUAUAUUUUUUUUUCACUUGAUUAUUCCAGAUGGAUUCUGACAGUGCAGUGGAUCUCUUGAAAAGGCUGAAAGACCUCCCCAUCACUCUUGAAGUGCUUCAAAAAACUAGAAUAGGCAUGUCUGUCAAUACUCUGAGAAAAAAGAGUGAAAAUGCAGACCUUCAGACACAGGCAAAGUCACUCAUUAAAUCCUGGAAAAAGCUUUUACCAGGUUUGGAAAGAAUUUAUUUAUAAAAAAAAAAAGCAAAACCAGUUUUAACCCUCUCACUCCCAAGAUCUCAAUAGAAAUUCUCCUCACUGGCUACCAUAUAGUACUUAUGAUGUUGAUGUAGAGAAUUUGGUAUUGGAUCAACUAAUAAUCUCCAUUGGAUAUUUUCUAUAUUCUCAUCACUUGCCUGCUUCAUUUUGUAUUGAUAUUGUAAGGAGAAAUUCUCUCUUGGUCAUUCAUGGGAACAGGGUUAAGAGCAGCUAUACUGUUUGCUUAAAACUUACAUCAAAUAAGUGAUUAUUGACUGAAAGGAUUUCAAUCUGUAAAUUUAUCUGGGCUCAGUUUCUUGAGCACUACACAAGUGUAUCUGUGUAUCAUGUAUCAUGUAUCAUGUAUCAUGUAUCACAUUACUCACAGACUCAGGUAUUUUAGUGUUGUUGUAUUUAUUUGUCUAUGUCCUUUUUCAAUAUGUGUUUUUUAACCCUUAAACCCCUGAGUGAUUAGCAUCUAAUUUCUCCCUACAAUAUCACACCUGAAUCACACAUUAAGGUCAUGAGAAUAAAGGAAAUGGUCACCAACUAGAGAAGUUCUAGAUUUUGAAACAAAUUCUCCUCAUCAGCACCUUAGGAAAUGUAUCAAGAACAGUGUGGAGAAUAUGCAUAUUGAUGUUAGGGUGUAAAGGGUUGAAUGAUCUGGAUUUUCCAAGUGGUACAUGUGAUUGCAUAUAGGAAAAUGAUGUUGACAACAUCUACAAAUAAAUGGUAGUAAGAGUUAUUGGAGGACCUAUCUGUUUUAAAUAGAUGAACCCGGUAAAUAGAAAAUAUGAAGUAGUCAAAAAUAGCUCAACUCUUUACUUCACUAAACAGAAAAUCAGGAGGAAAGAAUGAAGAGUCCAAUACAGAUAGAAAAACUCCAAACAGUGAAAAAUCAAGUCGAAGCAAUUCACCUGCAGAAAAGGCAAAGUCUUCCACCACACCAACCACCCCUCAAGAAAACAAGGUUGCUACAUUCCCACCCCCAAAAGUCACAAGUGACUCUGUACGGGGAAGGUGUAGAGAAAUGAUUGCAAGCUCCCUUAAAGUGGAAGAAGGUAUUGAACCAAGUAAGUAAAAAACCAAUUUAUUUCUGAAUUCCUUAUAGUUUAUACCUUUUUCUUUUAUGUUACAUUGCAAUUGAUCCAUUUUGCAUCCACUUACCAGAUCCUUCAGCUCCACCAUUUUUGAGGUGAAUUCAAAGUUGUCUUUGAUGCAGAGUUGCUCAUUCUUGGAUUCAAUUUUGUAAAAGUUUGCUUUUUUGUUGUCCCACUGGGGAAGGAUAAUUUCAACAAUCUCGAGAUGCCUCUGACUCAGGAGUAUAAAUGGAGAGGAGUGAACUGUCAAGGAAAUGUAAUGAAAUUUUGGGAAAUGAGAUAUGGGGAGGGGGGGGUGGGGAAGGGAACCCAUAAUAGGGUACAGUAUCUCAUCCUGGGGAAUUAGCUGUCCUCUGCUCUCAGGAUGGCUUGAUCCCAUAUUGACUAAAACAUAUUUUGCUAUCAAUUUGUAAAGUGUAUUUUGUUGGCAAGUUCUUGUCUGUCCUACUUGAGUUAGCUCACCUAAGGGCCUGCUACAGAGAUUACUGACCACUUAAAUAGUCAUUGUUGUGAUUGUAUAUUUGCUUAGUGUACUUAUUUCCAAAAAAAACAACAUGUCAUCACUAAAUUGUCUUACAACAUAAGAAAAGUAUCAUCACUGAUAUUUGCAUUUGUGUUUCUUUUACAGCCACUACACCUGAAGACUUUGCCGCAGCUUGUGAGGAAUGUAUCCUUCAUAAAGUAUUCAUGUAUUUCUUAUUUCUCCAGGAAAGGUGAAGAAAAAUUAAAAAUUUUUAAUUGAAACUUACAAUCUUGGUGAAAGUUCCACUAUUAUUUGGAUAGUUGUGGAAAAAUUAUCAUUUAAGGCCUUGCACAAAUCUAAUAAAAUGGCAUUUGCAUGAUGGUAACUCAGAUGAAUACUUGAGCUCAACAUCCUUGUGAGAAAAAGGACUAUUUAUUUUAUUAAUCCUUUAACUCCCCUGAGUGACCAAGACAGAAUUUGUCCUUACAAUAUCAACACAGAAUCAAGCACACAAGUGAGGAGAAUAAAGAAAAAGAACUAAAAUAAGGGACUACAAGUUGAUCCAAUACCAAAUUCUCCAAAUCAAAAUCAUUAGUGUUUUAUGGCAGACUGUAGGGAGAAUUACUAAAGAGAUCUUGGGAGGUAAAGGGUUAAUUAUGACUCAUGUCCAAGAUAUAUGUAAAGUUUGAGCAGACCCACCUUUUUGGUGAAGUCCAAUGCUUGAGUCAAAAUAGAGCUCUAUCAUUAUUUCAGAGUUUACGUUUUAGGAAAGUAAGACAGAUUCUAAGUUAAAAUAAAUCACCAUGUCUUGGCUAACUUUUUACAUUCAUGUGACAGAUUUCACCAAGAAGGAGGAACUGCUCAUAGUUUAUGUUUAACAGAGCUAAUGCCAUAAAUUUCUCCAUAUAGUUGAUUAUUAUUCAUUGUUACAAUUUUUCUGUAGAAUUUGAAUUAUUAACUGACAGAUUUAUUAAUUUUUGCACUAGCUUUUGAGGGAUCUGCACCAUGACUUUGUUCCUUAACCUUUUUUCAAGGUAUAUUUCAAGAGUUUAGGGACACAAAUAUGAAAUAUAAACAGCGUGUCAGAAGUCGUGUCAGUAAUCUUCGGGAUGCAAAAAAUCCCCUUCUUAAAGUGAAAGUACUCACUGGUGAGAUUUCACCAGGAAGAUUUGCAACAAUGCCUACAGAGGUAAAUAUUGUUCAGUUCAUUGUGGCAGAAUUUUUCAAAGUAGAGGAAACCACUAGGCUUUAGUUUCCUUUUGUUAUAAGUAAACUGGGUUUUUCUGUUGGUAAAUUCAAUUUACAGCAUCUCAUUUUUUUUCUUGAAAGCCAGAGCCAAAUGCUCCAUUGAGGAGAAUUGAUGAUCAAACUUGUCUGUUGCUAUCUUUAAACCAGCUUGCUUUUCUUAGCAAGUUUUCUAUGGUAGAGGUUAUUGAAUGGUCGAGGCAAGUGUUUUGGUGAAAAGACUGCCUGUCUAAAGUGGCAUGGUAGCCUUCAAACAAAUUGACCUGCCAAAAAAUAACAACACUGGCUGCAAAUAACAUUUGCCAGUGGGUAUAACUCAACAGGGAAGUGUACUUGUCAAUUACAAUUUGCAGGUGUAAUGAAGGUUUCAAUAAAGGCCAGCUACUGACAGUCCACUGCCCCCUUAAAGACCUGCUACUGCCAUUUGUGUAGCCAGCAAGUAGGCUCUUGUGUUUGGGUUUUGCCUUAUAGCCCAUUUUUUGGGCACAGCCUCCUAUGACACCAUGGGAAGCUGCUCAUUGAAAAAGUUAUCAGAACCCCUGGUGUAAUAAACAAAUAUUACAAUUAUUGUGGCUCAGUUAACUACCGGUAGUAAAUGAUGUGUGCUGUUACCCAAAUGAAAAGCUUAUCAGUAGUACUACAACUGUUCUGUUACAUUGCUCUAUGUUUGUUACAUACUGCACUGUACAUACAGUGCACUAUACCACAGCCAUUCAUUUUUUUAUCAAUUAACCCUUCAACUCCCACCCAAGAUGUGAUUGUUAAUUGUCUCCUUUAGCUGUUGCACAGUUCCUUGCAAUUCGUUAUGAGGAUUUGGUGUUUGAUCAAGAGAAAUAACGUUGACCUGAUAAGUUUGAGUAUUCUUAUUACCUGUUCACUGGAGAAUGUAUGGUUAUUGUAAGGAGAAGUUGCAUGGUGGUCACUUCUGGAAGUUAAGGGGUUAAGGAUAACUUUUUAUGAGAAAUUGGACUGUACAUGAUAUACACAAUCACUUUGGAGAUCAAAGGUUUAACCGGCUGUGUUGAAAUUUCCCUGUUAGGAAAUGGCAAGUGACGAGAUGAAACAGUUUCGGCAGGAAUGUGCCAAAGAGGGUAUUCGUGAAGCACAAGUUGCUAAAAACCAAGGCACCGAAACUGCACUGUUUAAAUGUGGGAAAUGUGGCAAGCGAAGGACUACCUACACACAACUACAAACACGAAGCGCUGAUGAACCCAUGACAACUUUCGUUCUGUGUUUAGAGUGUGGAAACCGCUGGAAAGUAAGUACAUUGCACCAUGUUUCAAUGAUUGAUGUGUAUGAAAGUUUAACCACUUUUCUUGAGGUUUGCUUUGACAACAGCUGCAAAGCAGAAGAGAAAUUCAAGCAAACGCCAAGAGGCCAGGUCAAGGGCCUUGUUUUUAAUAAAGAGCAAACAAUUCUAGCAGAGUACAGGAUGUUUGUCACAUGAUCCUGGUUUGAGCAGGUCCCUCGUGUAAAUGAAGGGGGUAUAAGUUAGGUAUUCAGGGACCUCCACUGUGUUUAGCCUGUGUGUAGAUAGAAUUCUAUCGCCAUAGAUGGCGUACCCCCUUAACCCAAUGAUGAAUCCAGCCGGUGACCGACUCUGAUUUUAGUUUGAAUUCCCCUCCGUAACUGAUAAAAAUUGCCGAAUACAUAACUUCCAUUCGAAUGUAAGCCCUUAACCCUUUAACGCCCAGAAGUGAUUCACAUGUAACUUCUCCCUACAAUAUCUGUCCACUAUUUAGCAAGCUGGUAAUGAGAGUAUUCGAAUGUAUCAGGUAGAAUUUGUUUUCUUUAUCUAACACCAAAUUCUUGCAACUAAUUUACAAGGAAAUGUGUAGCAGCUAGAGGGGAGAAUUAACAAUCAGAUCUUGGGUGUUAAAGGGUUAAAAGAGUCCUUUGAAAAACUAGGUCACCAUCUAGCAAUCCUCCUCUUGUUUCGUGCGCGAGAGAGUGCGCGAGAGAGAGACGCUAACGUAGUGUGGUCUCGUCUUCCUCGCCUUUCCGGUCUUAAAAGUUUGCAAGGAUUUCAUUCAGCGCAGGUUACUAGCGGUGUACCUCCUCCUAUAAAAUCUCUUACCGCUAACUGUUGAGCCUACGAGCAGGCUCUCUUAUUUGAUUUUUUCCUCACGGCCCCCUCAGGAGGAAAUUGUAAAGUAGCCGGAGCACUAUCUCAUCGCGAUAACGGCGGCCUUGCGGGGUGGGGUGCUGGAACACGAAAAGUACCCGGCGCAAAUGCUUGAAGUAGCCGGUGACUUGCGCCGGGCGCCGGCUAAAUUUGAAAACCCUGCCCCUUUCAAGGCACGGCUACCUGUUACACCGUCUGCAACCGCCUGGGGAAAAAGUUGGUGAAACCCCUGAAUUUGGUAUUCCAUCACUUGUUCUGUCUUCGGACCUUGCGUUAUCCAGUCCGUCCUUGAGUAGUGAUCUUCCUAUCUUUUUCUAAUGCCGCAAACUGGCAGCUAAUUAAAACUUUCCUUCGCGAGACGCUCUCAAUAGGAAUACUUUCCGCAAUAUCAGAGAAUUGAAAUUUCGAUCGGCUGAAAACAAAUUUUUUUGGUAGGCAUACUCACGCUUGAUAGAGUUCACAACUCCGUCCAAUACGACAGUAUAUUGUAUCUCAGCUUCAACAAUGUAAAUUGAUAUUGUGGUUUCAGAAUCACCAUUAGUUCAUCUGUAUUGUGUCCUUAAAAAGAAUAACCCACCCAGGAUUCUUAAUACAUUACAGUUUAUCUAGUCAAAUAUUGUUAAUGCGCCCUUGAAGUGGGGUUGAAUGAAGUCUGUGUUAAUCGUACCAUUGUGUUGUCCCCCCUCCCCCCAUAUGAUUUUUUUACCAUGUACUGUUACGUUCUAGUUGUCCUGGGCCAUGUUAGGCCUGUUUGCUCGAAAUGUCAGCUUUACUAACUCUUUACGGAAGCCAGUUUACCGCUGAUGUGGUACUACAGAAACUUACUCCUCUUAUUCAUUUUAAUGGUAACUUAAUUCUGUUUAAAAAAAAAGUUAUUUUUAGCUCUAAUGUUCUCUAUAUAUUGUGGAUAAUGUAGGUCAAAUUGUUAGUUAAGCAAUUUAGCGAACACUCGCCAUUAAACUUAAUCAUCUAAAUUUCCGCGAUAAUUGUGUAAUCAUCACCACGUGUGGUAGAUGUGAAAUAACAAUUAAUUAUAUGUAUUAAGCACCUAUAAUGUAGAAUUAUCGGUAUUCUAAAAUUAAUCAAUUAAAACACUUUUAACUUCUUUUUUUACAGUUUUGUUGACAAAGCAAAGUUUUGCAGAUUUCAUCUUUUUCCCGACUGCAGUCCUCAGUAAUAAUUUUUGUUCGUCAGCGCAUUAUUUGGUUCGUCUUUAGAGGUUGAAUUUACUAAAGACUGCCUGCAUUCGAACCAUAUUUAUUUACAACUAGCUAGAAAUCUAGAUAGUAUCUGUUAGAAUUAUUCUUAAUGCGCUUUUCAAUUGAGUGUCGUAAAUCCAAAACCAACAGCCAAUCAGGAGAAAUGAAAAUACCCUUCAGAGUCAAUGAGAACUCAAAGUAAAAACGAUCAAGCUGCCUAAAGCGCGGGAAAACGCGGGCGACCAAGUCGUGAUUGGUUUUGGUUUAAAAUCUGAUUGGCUAAGAAAGUGGCACCAGUUUUCUGGACCAAUCACAUAACGAAGUAAAGCAAAACUAAAGUAAUCCUGGAUUGCUUUUGACACUUAAUUGAAAAUUGCUGUUGUAGUUACUGUGAUUGCAUGAUAACUUGGAUUCCCAAAGUGAUGGGAGCUGUGUAAACUAUUUGUAUUAAUCUGUGCCAAAGGUUUGAUUAAAGUCAUAACAAAUAACAGAAUAAAAUGAAUUGGAACUUCCUAUUUGAAAUCUCUUUUAACGGGCAUACUUCUACAGUAAAUCAAACCAUCUGUCAUUUUGCCCUAUUUGCCAUUUUCUGAGAGGAAAUUAUGUGAAUGCAAGUUUGUGAUGACAAGCUACCGAUGGUCAAAACACGAUGGUCAAAACUCAGUAC